AUGGAUGAUCUUGACUGUAUUUCUGAGCAAAAGCUAAAAGGUGCAGUGUCUUUACUACGAGACGAGGCCUAUCAGUGGUGGCUUACCGUGAGAGAGGGUACUCAGGCCGAUCGGUUAACAUGGGAUUUCUUUAAGUCGACUAUUCAAGGAAAGUAUGUGUGCGCAAGUUAUGUGGACACCCGAAGAAAGGAAUUUUUCAGCUUGACCCAAGGGAAAAAGACUGUGGCAAAAUAUGAGGCAGAGUUCCUGCGACUGAGUCACUAUGCAUGUGGGAUAGUGGCAACUGAGUAUGAACUCUAUGUGAGAUUUGAGGAUGGCCUUCGAGAUGAGUUACAACCUUGUGCUGACUGUGGGAAACAUCAUCUGGGUGAGUGUUGGAAGAAGAUUGGGGCAUGUUUCAGAUGUGGGUCUAAGGAGUAUCAAGUUAAGGAUUGUCCCCAGAGGCCUACUCAAAUGCAAGUUGUAGGUCAGGGUUUUGUUCAGCUAGUGAAAGGUGGUCAGCAGCCACCGAGAGUCCGUGGACAGGUUAGAGGUGGAAUUGGUGUAGGACGAAGUCGUGGAACGUUAGGGGAAGGUGUUGCUAACAGGUCUACGCGUUCAUACAUUGCAUGCAUUGUGCCUAGCACCUUGGGUAUAAUGUGUGAGAGUAUUGUUAAAGAGAUGACUGUGUUAAGUCCAAUAGGACAACCGGUAAGAGUAAACAAGUUGGUCAGAGCUAUGCCCCUAGAGGUUCAAGGAGUUAUAUUUCUAGCAGAUUUGAUGGAACUAUCUUUUGGUGAAUUCGCCCUAAUCUUGGGGAUGGAUUGGUUGGUUAAUCAUCGUGCAAGUUUGGAUUGUGCUGCUAAGCGUAUGGUAUUAAAAACUAUUGAGGAUGGGGAGAUGGCUAUGAUUGGGGAGCGAAGGGAUUUUCUGUCUAAUGUGAUUUCUGCAUUAAUGGUAGAAAAACUGGUUCGCAAGGGUUGUGAAGCGUUUCUAGCUUAUAUUGGUGCAUCUAAUUCUGAGGGUCCUUCUGUUGGGGAUGUCAGAACUGUUAAAGAUGUUUUCGAUGUUUUUCCUGAUGAGCUCCUUGGGUUACCUCCGAGCUGCAAAGUAGAAUUUGGAAUUGAGCUUCUACCAGGAACGGCUCCAGUGUCUAUCGCCCCUUAUAGGAUGGCACCGAAGAAACUGGUAGAGUUAAAAGCUCAAAUCCAAGAACCGUUGGAUCAAGGAUUCAUUCGACCUAAUGUGUCUUCGUGGGGAGCACCAGUGUUGUUCGUAAAGAAAAAGGAUGGGAUCGACUUGUUAUGGUCAUUACGAGUUCCUAGUGAUGCUGUUUGGGCUGACGAAUGCACCAGCUACCUAUAUGGACCUAAUGAACCGAGUAUUCCAGCCCUAUUUGGAUCGCUAUCUGCUAAGUUCAGUAAGUGUGAGUUCUGGCUGCGAAAAGUGACAUUUCUGGGUCACGUGGUGUCUGCCGAGGGGAUUAGGGUUGACCCUCAAAAAAUUGAAGCUGUACUGGAAUGGAAACCACCUAAGACUGUAUCUGAGAUUCGAAGUUUUCUAGGUCUGGCAGGGUAUUACAGAUGUUUUGUUGAGGGGUUUUCCUUGAUUGAUACGCCUCUAACUAAGUUGCUUCGAAAAGGGCCAGAGUCUGGGAAGGAAUUCACUAUCUACGGUGAUGCAUCACACGCUGGUUUGGGUUGUGUGCUAAUGCAGUUGGGUAAGGUGGUUGCUUAUGCAUCUCAUCACAAGAGUCUUAAGUACCUCCUCACUCAGAAGGUGUUGAAUCUUAGGCAGCGAAGAUGGAUAGAGCUGCUUAAGGACUAUGAUUGCUCAAUUGACUACCAUCCUGGUAAGGCUAACGUGGUAGCAGACACACUGAGCUGUAGGGCUGUAUCUGAUUUGAAAGCGAUGUUUGCUCGUCUCAGCUUGUUUGAUGAUGGUAGCUUGUUGGCUGAGCUACAAGUUGAGAAUGGGGAAACUUCAGAUUUUGGGUUGAAUAGUAAAGGAGUAUUGUGUUUCCGUGGGAGUGUCUAUGUACCGAGGGAUAAUGAUUUGAGGUAG